ACUCGUCCGACGGGGACGACCAGCCGCCUGCCGACCGCACCCGCGGCGAGGAGCAGGUCAAGCCGCCCAAGAAGCGCCGGAUCGAGUCGCGCGACGACAGAUCUCGCAACCACGAGGGAGCUGGGAGGAGCGACCCUGCCAGCGCGCCAAGGACGAAGCGCCUCCCGGUGCCAGGGAUGGCAAGGACGACGCCGCUGCCGGAUCGGCAGACGCUGGAUAUGAUCCUCGACAAGCUGCAAAAGAAGGAUACGUACGGCGUGUUUGCUGAGCCGGUGGAUCUCGAGGAGCUGCCCGACUACGGCGAUGUGAUCGAGCACCCAAUGGACUUCGGUACCGUCAAGAGGAAGCUUGCCAGGAAUGCGUAUCGCUCAUUCGAGCAAUUCGAGGAUGAUGUCUUCUUAAUUUGCAGCAACGCCAUGCUGUACAAUGCGCCUGAUACAGUUUACUUCAGACAGGCCCAUUCCAUACAAGAGCUGGCAAGAAAGAAGUUUCAAGAACUGAGAGAUGAAGGCAUACCUACAGAAAACCAAGUAAAGAGUGAACAGAAAGUUAAACCUAUUCCUUGCAAUAGAGGACCAGUUAAAAAGCCUGUAUUGACAUAUUCGGAUGAUGAUCUAGACUUCUUGAUCCGCAAAGAGCAAAUCAAGAGACCAAUUGCCAAAAUUUCAGGAGAUGAUAUGAGCUUCAAAGAUCAAGUCAAGAAACCCGUCUCUAGGAAUUCAGAGAACUUAAGUUCGUUCCACAAAGAGCGAGUUGCCAAACCGAUAUUCAGAAAUUCAGAGAAUGAUUUGAGUUCCUCAUUCCAAAAAGAGCAUGUUAAGAAACCCCUUUCCAGAAAUUCAGAGGAUGAUCGAAGUUCUUCAUUCCGACAAGUGAAAGUCAGGAAAGCCAUUUCGAGAAAUUCAGAGGAUGAUCGAAGUUCCUCACUCCACCAUGUGCGAGUUAAGAAAGACAUUUCAAGAAGUUCAGAAAAUGAACGAAGCUCCUCUUUGCCCAUACAGAAAGUCAAGAAACCCACGCCCCGGAUUUCAAAAGAUGACUUAUCGUCCCGGAAGACACUCAUUAGGAAGCCAGUGUGCAGAAAGGGAGAAGAGCCAGAUUGCUCAUCCCGCACAGAUGCAUUUGAGAACCCUGUUUGCAAGAAGGGAGAAGAUCUAAGCUUAUCCCCAGAAAAGCUUGUUGAGGAGCCCAUUUGCAGAUCCGGAGAUGACUUGGGCAACUCAAGCCAAAAAGAGUCGCCUAGGCAGCCUAUUUGCAAAGAUGAGCAAGCUGAUCUAGGUUACUCCUGCGAUGAAGAGAUCGUUAAGAAGCCAGACUGCAUGGAUAGCCAAGAUGCACUGGGUUCAAAUGUCUCUCCUGAAACCAUUGUUUCUGCCGGAAAUGGCUCUGAUGGUUUAAGCGUAUCACAGGCUAAUGGUGCUGAGCCCCUAGAAUGUGCCUUAGCUAAUGGGUCUUCGGACAAAGAUAUCAGUUCUCCGGUAGACGAGGUCAGAUCUGAGAAGACUGACGAUGUUUCAGCCAGAGAUCAUUCAGCAAAGAUUAGCCUCAAGUCGUUUGUGGUUGAUGAGACUAGACGAAAAACUUACCAUGCACUUGAAGACCAGCGUUCAUCGGAUUCUGACCCAACUUUUGAUGUCUUCUGCGCGGAGCCAAAAGAGCUGAUAAGUGUUGGCCUUCAUUCUGAGCAUUCGUACGCAAGAAGUUUGGCCCGUUUUGCUGGUUCACUUGGUGCCCGAGGCUGGAAAAUAGCUUCUGAGCGCAUUCAGCAGACAUUGCCUGCUGAAGUGAGGUUUGGCCGUGGUUGGGUUGGAGAAUAUGAGCCACCAUUAACACCUAUUCUUGCUGUGCAAGAUCAAUUACGAAGUCAGGUUAGCUCUGAUGUGAAUAUUCAAAGGAAAACUUCAUUCCCCAGAGAUAAUGAAAGACUCAGACCAAAAGAAAGCACUAAUCCGAAGGAUAUGAGUUUGAGUCUACUUAAUCGGAUAACCACUGUCAAUAACGUAAUUGGUGUGUCUGGUUCACUUGAGAGUCCAGAAUAUAAGCCAAGAUUAUUAGAUGUUACUACUGAACCCCAACAGAGGAACACUGACGCCUCAACACUGCACGAGAAACAUAGAGCGUCGAGAAAUGUUGUGAAAACAAAAAGACCAACCGGUGAACAAGUUAGGAAAGGCAGGCACUCGUCCAACGCCCGCCCUCCUGAAGUGCAACCACAGAGAUCUGAAUGUUCAAAAGGAGCUUCUUCUAGUGUGCUUGAUAUGCCUGCUGUGAACAAAAUGGCUGGCCAGCCUGCACCUUUUUUCCAACCAGCAGAAGCAGUGAGAAUUCAGCAAAUGAAAAAAAGUGACCUGUCUAAAAGCGCCCGCCCACUUGAAAUGGCACCUCAGAGGCUUGAGUGUCCAAAAAGUGCUACUUCUGGUGUUCAUGAUAUGCUUUCCCAAAACAACAGUAAUGGGCAUCCAAAACCCUUUUUCCAGUCACAAGAAGCAGCUGCACCACAGCCCAAAAGUGAAGCUACAUGGGUGUACCAUGGAAGACCUGGUGAUGCAAAGUUUGGGACUUCUGAGAAAAGCAGACCAAUGAACAACAUUGGAUUCAUCACCAAAAAUCCAGUAAAUGGCAAUGGCUUUGCCAUGAAUGCGAGCGCACAGAAUAGUAUCAUAGACCAUGCCAAGUCAAUGGGUGCAAUGCCUGGCCAAGUAAAUGUACCAAACCGAGGGUUUGACCCUUCUCGGAGUGUUUUCUCUGCAUUUCCACCAGCUGCUAGGGAGAGCCAGAGCAUUCCAUCUGCUCCUGUUGCUCAAUCUUGGAUCUCAUUUGGUGCUUCAUCAGAGAGCAAACCAACCAUUGUGAGUCCAAAUUUUCAUGACAGUAGUUCUGGCUGGAAGAUGCCAUUUGCAAAUCUUCGUACUUCCGAUGAACCAAAGAUAAGUGCUGCCCCUCAGUUCUUUAGACAACCUGUUCAGGUUUCUAGAGAAAUUCCAGGUCAAAACAAGGGCUUGGUAAUAUUCCCACAGCUGGUCCAGACAGAUUUCUCAAGAUCACAGGGCCAGCCUCAAUGGCAAGGGCUGGUUCCCCACAUGCAACAGAAGCCAAACAUGGAUAUGCUCCGUCCAGACUUGAACAUUGGGUUUUCAUCUCCAGGUUCACCACCAGCUCGACAGUCCACUGGCAUCAAUUUGGAAGCACAACAGCCAGACCUUGCUUUGCAGUUAUAAGCAAGAAAUGGAUAAUGAGCAUAUGUGACUAAUAAGAUCGGAUGUCAGACACAGAAACGAUGAAGCAUGGAAGGACACGUGGAACCCGGCCGUAAAAAUGUGUAAAAGCAGAAAUGGGACAUCCAUUGCGUGGAUACUUGUCAACAUGGGAUCGUAAUUCACAGGUCAGGCCGUAGACCUAACCUCCCUAUUGCAAGAUAUCAGAAUAUGGAUGGAUGAACACUGCUCGGAAUCAAAUCAUUGGCCCGUUUUGUUCGGUAAUGGAGUUCAGGAUCCAGCAUUUGGAGAAAUGCUUUGGUGGCAUGCCCAUGAUCCGAUUACCUGGAGCGAGCUCUUCUGACCACACAAUAGCAUUCCUGCGGUGGAAAUUUUUGCACCAGAAGUUAGGAUAUAUCUCCAGUAGUUAGACUGCGUGGUCACCCCUAUGUUAAUGCCCAAGUCACAUUGUAUGUUUGUUGUAAAUGGUUCAGCAUUGAAUAGAUUGUUAGACUAGAGCAGCCACCUUUACUUCUUUCUCCUGAAGUUCUCUGGAAUGAAAUUGCUUCUCCUUCAUGUUCUGUGCCAGGAAUUGAGUUCCAUGGUCCAUUCAGUUUAAAUGGUAUGCUGAAUGAAAGAUGUUAAUACUUGCGUCAA